AUGAGCAUUUAUCGUGGUAAAACCAGGCAAGAGAUUUAUUUGGCUUCUCUACUUUAUGAUUCAAUUGAUGAUAAUAAUUUUAGUGCCGUCAAAACGUUGCUAUACGAAAAAUGCGCCAACCCCAAUAUCAUAGUACCGACAAAAGGAAUAUCUUCAUUUCAUCUGGUCAUAGGCAGCGAUAAUGCCGAUUUCGCCAUAAACGUAACCCGAUUGAUUUUGCAAUAUGGUGGGGAUCCUAACGUAAGAUCAGAAGAUGGUUUGACUCCAGUUCACAUAGCGGCGGCAUGGGGCCGAACGGAGAUCCUCCAUAUCUUGAUGUGCUGCGGCGGCGAUUCGCAAUUAAGAGACUCCAAUUGGAUGACACCCAUCCACUAUGCGCGAAAAGAAAAUUUCCUCGAUUGCGUCUACCUCCUUAGGUCGUAUUUACCAAGUAAUUACGAUAUUUUCCACAAGGAGAUCGAGGACUGCUACGAAUUUAAAUUUGACAAAAUACUCGUAAACAACGGCUACGUAACCGGAGAGUACCAAAUAACCAACAAUCUAAACAACGGUAACGAUAUUAUCAAAACCGAAAACAGUAUUACUUACACCAAGCGACAACUAAUCGAUUUAGCGAAUCUACCGAAAUCUGACAACACCAAACUGGUCCUGAACUGGUUCGACACGCACAUCGACAACAAAGGCAGCAAAACUUACAUCAAACACGCGGACAGCACGUCCGAAAACGACGAUUUCCUUUCGUACGAGAAUUCAGUCGAUGAAUCCGAUAACGAAAACAUCAGAAAACUCAUCGACAUAAACAAUUUGGUCUUCAGAAAAGUUUAUAAGAAGAAAAGAAAGAUUAGCAUAACGAAAUUCGUUAAUCCGAAACAAGAAACUCGUUCCAGAACGAGCAAAUCAUCCUUAGGAUCAUCAGCUUCUGAUUUAUCAGAACUUAAAACUCCACUUACACCAUCUAGCAUUCGAUCAGCAACCAUAGAAUUAAAAGUACCGAAAAUCGAGGAUCUAUCCGACGAAUCCGGCAUCGUAACUUUACCACCAUCCAAGAACUCCUUUUCCUCGACCAAAUUAUCAAUCUUUCAACCUAAACUUCACGAUACCAGCAGUGAUUACAUGACCAGCAGCGCCACCAGCUUGUUGAAUCGCAAUAUAUUCACGAUUGCUAACGAUCUGAGCCGCAGUCUGUUUACUUCGGACGAAUCGUGUAUCGAUAACUCCAAAGUAGGCUGUGAGAAUAAAACAGACGACGAGGGAAGUACCGAAAUGAGUUUCGUGACCGUAUCGGAGGUGUACAAGUACGAGGAUAAGGAGGAGGGCAUCGUGUUGUAUGAGAAACGAGUGGUCAAAGUGGGAAGCGAGUGCAACGGUAGCAUCAAAACAGGAUCUCUAUCAUCAAAAAUGUCCUCAUUGCCCGAAUCGUUGGACUACGAUCCCGAUACGCUGCGAAGGGAGUUGACCUUAUUGGGAUACGACCCAGGACCGAUCACUUUCACGACCAAGCGAGUCUACUUGAAGAAAUUGUAUCAAUUGAAGAAGCAGAAUCCCGUGAAAGUUAUUGAGAAAGGUGCGGAAGCUUCUAAAAGAGUGUACUCACCAGAACUGGAAAAAACCAUAAGGGAUACAAAUUGGACAUCGGAGCUCACGUCUUAUAAGAAACUAGAAGAAGCAUUGAUCAGCCAAUUCAGCGUAGUGGAUCCGUUCAGAAAAUGGCGAGAGGGCAACAACAAAUCGUCAUUUACUUAUCUGCUUUUGGAUCCCAGGAAAACGGAUAAUUUGCCGUGUAGGGCCGAGUUGAUGGAUCCCAAAGAUGCUUGGGAGACUUUUCUAUCGGCCAUUUUUUACGUAGGAAAAGGCAAACGCACCCGCCCCUACUCCCACCUCUACGAAGCCGUCACCCAAUGGAAGCGAUCCAAAUUAACUGACAACACCAAAAAAAUCCAAACCAUCUUAGACAUAUGGCAAAGCGGCGGUGGCGUCAUCUGCCUGCACGUCUUCCAAAACAUCAUCCCCGUCGAAGCGUACACCAGAGAGGCGGCCAUGAUCAGCGCCCUGAAGCUGGACAACGUUUCGAACAUGAAGAACGGUGAAUUUUACGGUGCGGCCGCCACCUGGGGCGGCAAACAAAAGAGGAUGCUCGGCAGUUAUCUGUUGCUGAAAGCGAUGAGGAUAUUUUUGAACGAGGGCGAACGGCAGCUGUUUCCUGGAGAUAUCGAUUGA